GUGAGGUUUUACUAAGUAAUAAGAGAAGAUUUGUCAACGGAAAAGCUUCGAAUAAUGGCGUUGAUGCAAAUGUUACAGAGCGUGAGAUCUCUUCUAAGGACAGCACAACCUUCUUCGACUCUAAACCUCUCCAGAUUCUACUCCAAACCCGCUCCUUAUGCCGUGAAGGUUGGGAUUCCUGAGUUCUUGAGUGGGAUUGGGGGAGGAGUUGAGACUCAUAUUGCCAAACUUGAAACUGAAGUUGGUGAUCUUUCGAAACUGCUUGUGACUCGUACCCUCAGGCUCAAGAAGUAUGGCGUCCCUUGCAAACAUAGGAAGCUGAUACUGAAAUAUAGCCAUAAAUACAGGCUAGGGCUAUGGAGACCUAGAGCUGAUGCUAUAAAGGCCUGAUUGAUUCCUUUCCUUUGUCGAAUUGUGUGUCUCUGUCAUGCUUGGUUUUUGCUACUGAAAUGAGUUCUUCUCAGAAUGGUUUAGGCGUAGCAAAGUUGCCAGUUACUUGAAACACCGUACUUGUUUUUUAUUCAUUCAUGUACUUGUUUUCUCCAUGGAUCUAGAAACAUUAAAGCCAGGCUUGGAAUCCUAAAACAGUAGUAGUUUUGAAGUAUUGAAUGUAUUGUAUUGGGGCUCUCCCUUGAUCAAGACUGCCUUCAAAGUAUCAGAGCACAUGCCUAUUUAACUCCUUUCAAUCUUUCAACUACAUGAGAUAUA